GGCCAAAGACAAAGGCAUAGUUUUAGCGGAGGAUUAUAAUAAGGUAGUAGACGAACAGAAAAAUACAAAAGCAGAAUUAGAUACAGAAAUGACAUUACUUUCGCCAAUACCUUUUCCUUUCAAUUCAAAGUUCAGAGUUUGUAGGAUCUAUUUCCCAGUACAUUAUGAAUUCGGUACGGAAGUUCUAUAA